UGGAGGCUAGGAUUGAAGUGAGAGAGGUCCCAGGGGCUGAGGAGGUUUAGAGAGAUCCGAAACUGAGGCGGGAAGACUGGGUGGAUAAGAUGAAUGUGUGGGAGGAGUGGAGGAGAUGGAGAACUGGCAAUGGCGGAACUAGAGGAAAAAGUCAGAGUUAUGAAUGAAGGAAGGCAAAGUGAGAAAACGGAGAUUGGGGUUGAACUGGGAGAAGUUUAUGCAGAAGAAAUUUCGAGUUGGAAGCGGAAAUUUGAAUUCGAAGCGGAAUUUAGAUUCUUUUGUGUUAAGAUAAACGGUAGUUUAAGACUGUUAUUAAGAGGGUUAGGAGAAACCAAGGAAACAGCGUGGAGAUGGCAAAGAUCAAAGAAAAGAGAAGCCUCAGUUUCAAGGGUGUACUCCUUUGGCUUUCUGGACUGACCUGGGUAACCCACAAGAGACAUCCUUUUUGAGUGUCCAGUUGAGGGCUGUUCUACAAAGAAUGAGAGUGCUGUGUUUUAGUGUUCUGGGACAGUGAAGAGUUUCAUCGUGUGUUCAGUCAACAAAUAUUUAAGAGUGUCUACUCUCCCAGGCCCUAAUUUAGGCGCGGGGAUAUCACAGUGAACAAGAUAGACAAAAUAUUUUCCCACAUGAAGUUUACUGGCAGGGCAGUUUUGAAAAAUGGCUCUGAGUAAAUCAAUGCAUGCAAGGAAUAGAUACAAGGACAAACCUCCUGACUUUGCGUAUCUGGCAUCCAAAUAUCCAGAUUUUAAGCAGCAUGUUCAGAUAAAUCUGAAUGGAAGAGUGAGUCUUAAUUUUAAAGACCCUGAAGCAGUCAGAGCUCUGACUUGUACUCUUCUAAAGGAAGAUUUUGGACUUUCCAUUGAUAUUCCAUUGGAAAGACUGAUUCCUACAGUUCCCUUGAGACUCAACUACAUUCAUUGGGUAGAAGAUCUGAUUGGUCAUCAGGACUCUGACAAAAGUACUCUCCGAAGAGGAAUUGACAUAGGUACAGGGGCAUCCUGCAUUUACCCUUUACUUGGAACAACCUUAAAUGGCUGGUAUUUCCUUGCCACGGAAGUGGAUGAUAUGUGCUUCAACUAUGCAAAGAAAAACGUGGAACAGAAUAAUUUAUCUGAUCUUAUAAAAGUGGUAAAAGUACCACAGAAGACACUCCUGAUGGAUGCUCUUAAAGAAGAAUCUGAGAUAAUCUAUGAUUUUUGCAUGUGCAACCCACCCUUUUUUGCAAAUCAGUUGGAAGCCAAGGGAGUAAACUCUCGAAAUCCUCGGAGACCUCCACCUAGUUCUGUAAAUACGGGAGGUAUCACAGAAAUCAUGGCAGAAGGAGGUGAAUUAGAGUUUGUUAAAAGGAUCAUCCAUGACAGUUUACAACUUAAAAAAAGAUUAAGGUGGUACAGCUGUAUGCUGGGGAAAAAAUGCAGCUUGGCUCCUCUAAAGGAAGAACUUCGCAUACAAGGGGUUCCUAAAGUCACCUACACUGAAUUCUGUCAAGGCCGGACAAUGAGAUGGGCUUUAGCUUGGAGUUUUUAUGAUGAUGUUACAGUGCCCUCACCACCCAGUAAGCGAAGAAAAUUAGAGAAGUCAAGGAAACCCAUCACGUUCGUGGUGUUAGAGUCUGUGAUGAAAGAAUUAUCCCUCAAAGCAUCAUCUUUGGGCUCUGAGACAGUGGAAGGCAUAGUAGUUGUGACAACGUGGAUUGAAAAAAUCCUCACCGAUCUGAAGGUUCAGCAUAAACGAGUCCCCUGUGGAAAGGAAGAGGUUAGCCUUUUCCUAACAGCAAUAGAAAACUCCUGGAUUCAUUUAAGGAGAAAGAAACGGGAGCGAGUGAGACAGUUGAGAGAAGUUCCCCGAGCUCCUGAGGACGUCAUCCAAGCUUUGGAAGAGAAGAAGUCCACCCCGAGAGAGUCUGGCAGUAGCCAGGAUUUGGCCCAGGGCCCCCGGGAGGGCGCCCUGUGUGGGCCUGCUGCACAGGAAGGCGAAUCUGCCACUCUUGAGGGCCAUUCCUCAAACCAGGAUCUGCUUUCCCAGGAUGAAAACCCAGAACCUGUGGAGGAUGAAAGAAGUGAGGAAAAGGGAGGGAUGGAGGCUUCAGAAAAUUGUAAAGGCUCUAGCAAUGGGGCCCAGGACCGAGAGGCAUCUGAGCAGUUCAGCAGCCCGGUGUCUGAAAAAGGAAGCCAUCUCCAAGGAGUGGCUGGACAUUACCUAUUCAAGUGUUUGAUAAAUGUAAAGAAGGAGGUAGAUGAUGCUUUAGUUGAAAUGCAUUGGGUUGAGGGCCAGAAUAGGGAUUUGAUGAACCAGCUUUGUACCUAUAUACGUAACCAAAUUUUCAGGCUUGUUGCUAGUUAAAUUCUUGCACAGCUGGGAAGUUUCUAUAAAGUAGCUUGCCUUGGGGUGGCAAGAGGUAUUCCACCAUAGACCCAUUGGUCAUUAUGUGCAGUUUUCUUAAAAAAAAAAAAAAGGAAAGAAAGAAAAAGAAAGAAAAGAAACAA